AUGUCCAACGACAAAUCUGCAGAGCCUACAGAAGGCAACCAACCCGAGCAGAACGAUGCCCUCAGACGCCCAUCUCUUGUACCCUCACGAACCCUCUCGGAUUCCGGGCGGCGGAUCUCCUCUCAACAUGUGCGCUUCUCAACCGAUCUCGAUCGCGAGUCGGCCGAGGAACAACGACAGACAAACUGGGACGGACGCCCCAAUUCUCGCGGCCUAACCAUCAACACGGCGCCGGCGCCUCCAUCUGUUCGAGCCGCUUCCUCACCCACCUCACCACUCUCGCCCCGAAGUGCGACCCUCUCCCCGAUUCCCCCGCCGAGUCCUGAGUCCGCCGGUCGGUCUCGGUCGCGAAACCGUGGAUACUCGCUCCGUCGCACCAUAUUUAAUAAGACCAUCAACUCAUCGGAGAAGGAUGACCUCGCCCUGGCUGAGCUGGGUGAGGUCAAGGAACCUUCGUCUAAUGUGACUCCCGCCCAGGCUCCGGCUGCUGAGACACUCACUGCCGCCGAUGAGAAGCAUCCUUUGAGCGUCGCGCCGACGGCCACGCUCGACUCGACGCAUAAGGAGGAUGCUUCCCCUUAUGUCUCCUCUGAACCUUCAGAGAAAGGUCUCAAGGAACAGUUCUCCGUGUCUGUGGCCCAUGAGAAGUGGCUCCAGAAAAGGCGACUACUGCAGUGGCUGUUGCGCAAAUUUAUUCUGCGCAUCAAGGAUAUCCCACCUACUAAGGAUGGGCGUCACAUUGACCUAAAUCCGUCUAUGUCUCUGGAGUUUCUUCCCCGCCAAUUCUUCGCCCAGUUCACCAAAGUCGCCAACUUCUACUUCUUAAUUGUAGCCAUCCUGCAGAUGAUCCCUGGCCUGAGUACGACUGGAACAUACACAACCAUCGUUCCGCUUUUGAUCUUCGUUGGUAUCUCGAUGGGCAAGGAAGGAUUUGACGACUGGCGCCGGUAUCGUUUGGACAAGGAAGAGAACAAUCGGGAUGCUUGGGUGCUCCGCCAAGGCCACGGAACGAUCCAGGACGGCGCCUCCAUGAUAAGCAACGCUCAAGAUUGGGAGCGAAUCAAGUGUGAGGACAUUCGUGUCGGCGACGUUAUCAAACUUGAGCGCGACCAGCCGAUUCCGGCUGAUAUUGCUCUCCUCCACGCCAGCGGACCCAACGGCGUCGCUUACAUUGAGACUAUGGCUCUCGACGGUGAGACAAAUUUGAAAAAUAAGCAGCCUUGCCAGCCUGUAUCCAAGGUUUGCUCGACUGUGGAGGACAUCAAUAGCAACUCCUUGCACUUUGUCGUUGAGGACCCCAACUUGGAUCUCUAUAAGUUCGACGGUCACGUCAGCGUCAAUGGCCAGGAGAAACUGCCCUUGACUAACAACGAGAUCGUUUACCGUGGCAGCAUCCUUCGCAACACCGACCGCGCUCUGGGUAUGGUAAUUUAUACUGGCGAAGAGUGCAAGAUCCGCAUGAACGCCAACAAGAACCCGCGAAUUAAGAGGCCCGCUCUCCAGGACAAGGUCAAUCGCGUGGUCAUGUUGAUUGUGGUGUUGGUCGUUAUUCUGGCCGUUAUCUGCACCGUGUCCUACAAGUACUGGUCUCAGGACGUGGAGCAACAUUCUUGGUACCUUGAAGAUGCUAGUGUUUCCUACGGGCCAAUCUUCACUUCGUUCCUGAUCAUGUUCAACACCAUGAUUCCCAUCUCCCUGUACGUGAGUAUGGAAAUCGUCAAAGUUGCCCAGAUGCUGCUUCUCAAUGAUAUCGAUAUGUACGAUCCCGAAACCGACACCCCGCUCGAGGCGCGCACAUCCACUAUCAACGAGGAGCUCGGUCAAGUCAGCUACAUCUUCUCAGACAAGACUGGUACCCUGACAAAUAACUCCAUGCGCUUCCGCAAGAUGAGUGUGGCCGGAACCGCGUGGUUGCACGACGCCGACCUUCAGGAAGAAGCUGCUCGGGCAGGCGACCACACCAAGUUGAUCCACAAGAAGCGAAGUACAAAGGGGAAAAAGGCUAUGGGCCGCAAGUCUAAUGUUUCCGAGGCUCAGAUGCCCCGUCCGUCGAAUGUGUCAGGGCCUCUUGAUGCUCCCCGUCAGUCUGGCCGGUCGGCUACUACAUACCGCACCGAAGAGAUGCUCGAAUAUAUCCAGCGCAAGCCGUACACCAUCUUUGCCCGAAAGGCGAAAUUGUUCAUUCUGUCUAUGGCCCUGUGCCACACUUGCAUUCCUGAAGAAGACGCGAACGGAAACACCACUUUCCAGGCUUCCUCCCCGGAUGAGUUAGCUCUUGUUCUUGCAGCCCAGGAACUCGGAUAUCUCGUCGUGGAUCGCCAAUCAAACACGUUGACUAUCCGCACACAACCAAACGGACCGGACGAAGCCACCAGUGACGAAGUCUACGAGGUCAUGGACGUGAUCGAAUUCUCAAGUGCGCGAAAGCGCAUGUCAGUUGUCGUGCGCAUGCCCGACCAGCGCAUUUGCCUAUUCUGCAAAGGUGCCGACACCACACUGAUGCGUCUCCUGAAGCAAGCCGACCUGGCACAUGAGAAAGCGACCGAGAUCGAGCGUCGUGCAAGCAGACGCAAGAAUGCAGAGAUGAACCAAGUCAUCCGACGCAACAGCGAGCACCACAGCCGGAAGAACAGUGGUGCUCGGAGCAGUAUGACCCGGCCGAGCUUCAACCGUCGACGUUCGUCAAUCACUGGCCAGCAGGGCUCGGCUCUUCGAGCUAGUAUCGAUGUUUGGCUGCGCGACCGGGAGACGGAUGGUGGUAUGCGAUACAGAGAGGCUGAUAGUGAGUAUUACAGCCCUCGGCCUUCGGCGCAGAUGGGUAGACCCUCAGCUGCGAUCUCGGACUCUGGAAGCUCCACGAAUGGCGAAGACGAUGAGGAUCUUGUGGAGGAGGCACUGGUCGUCAACGAGGCGGCUAUUUUCGAGCGCUGCUUCCAGCAUCUGAAUGACUUUGCCACUGACGGCCUGCGGACUUUGUUGUAUGGUCACCGGUUUUUGGAUGAAGCGACCUACACGAACUGGAAGACUGCCUACAACGAGGCUUGCACUAGCAUCGUUGACCGACAGCAGAAAAUUGAGGACGCCGGCGAGCAGAUUGAGCAGCAGCUGGAGCUUACUGGUGCCACUGCUAUUGAGGAUAAGCUGCAAAAGGGCGUCCCGGAGGCUAUUGACAAACUGCGACGAGCCAAUAUCAAGAUGUGGAUGUUAACUGGCGACAAGCGGGAGACUGCUAUUAAUGUUGGCCACUCGUGUCGUCUUGUCAAGGAGUACUCGACAUUGACUAUUCUGGAUCAUGAGAAUGGCGACAUUACCCGUGGCCGUGUUGCACAUUCCGUGGUCGUGGUUGAUGGUCAGACAUUGUCGUUGAUCGAAGCGAAUGAGGUGGUCCGCGAACAGUUCUUCCAGCUGGCUGUCAAGGUAGACUCGGUUAUCUGUUGCCGCGCGAGCCCGAAGCAAAAAGCGUUCUUGGUGAGAUCGAUCCGCAAACAGCUCACCGACGCAAUCACGCUUGCCAUUGGAGAUGGCGCCAACGAUAUCGCCAUGAUCCAGGAGGCCCAUGUGGGUAUUGGAAUCACUGGGAAGGAGGGAUUGCAGGCAGCACGUAUUUCGGACUACUCGAUUGCGCAGUUCCGCUUCCUUCUCAAGCUGCUUCUGGUGCACGGCCGUUGGAACUACCUGCGUGCCUGCAAGUAUACACUCGGCACGUUCUGGAAGGAAAUGCUGUUCUAUCUGACUCAAGCGCUGUAUCAGCGCUGGAACGGCUACACUGGAACUAGUUUGUACGAGCCGUGGAGUCUAAGUAUGUUCAACACGCUGUUCACCUCGCUCGCUGUCAUCUUCCUGGGUAUCUUCACCAAAGACCUCUCCGCAUCGACACUGUUGGCCGUGCCUGAGCUCUACACCAAGGGUCAAAGACAUGGCGGCUUCAAUAUACGGCUAUACUUGGGUUGGUCAUUCAUGGGGACCUGCGGAGCGGUGAUAAUUUUCUUCACGAUGUGGAGUCUCUAUGGCCUGGCAAGAGUGAACCCCAGCGACAACGACAUCUUCUCCCUGGGUUUGCUCACCUACUCUGCGUGCAUCAUUGUCAUCAACAUGAAGCUCCAAGUCCUGGAAGUCCACAACAAAACCUACCUGUCGCUAAUCGUAGUGAUAAUCUCCGUUGGCGGCUGGUUCAUGUGGGAUCUGAUCCUCGACCGCGAAUACACAAUGUCCUCCGGCAAAGGCAUCUACUUCCUCCCCUCCAACUUCAUCCAUCACUCCGGCCACAACCUCCUCUUCUGGACCGUCCUCUUCCUCUCUGUCUCAGCAGUCCUCCUCUUCGAGUUCACAGUCUCAACUCUCCGCGCGUUCUUCUUCCCAACAGACGUCGACAUCUUCCAAGAAUACGAACAAGACCUCGACAUCCGCAAGCGUUUCGAAGAAGCAGCAGCCUCAGAACUCCAGCAGGGCUGGGACCAUGGCACCAAGAGAUCAAGCUUCGAGAUCGCCCGGGAAAACGCGGAGAAGGCUGAAAUGGAUGCCCGCGAACGACAGGUUCGAGAACUGCUCGCCCGUCCCCGUGUCAUGGAUACGAAGGAACUCGAGGUCGAUACCGCCAGCGCGACGGUUAGCCAUAAUAGCAGCGUCCCGAGUCACAAUGCUGAGACGGACCGUGGUCGCCAGUCUGGACUCCUCUGUCCCGAAGACGCUAAUGGGCGUCGGCGUUCUGUUGAGAUCCAGGAGCUCUUCAGUAAGGGCUAUGGUGCUGUGCGCAAGGGUCAGCUCAAAUGA